GGGCCGCUUUGACGACUCCUCCGCCGGAGGAGCCUCUGAUGUCGUCCAAACGAAAGAAACUUCAAAGUAGCUCGACAAGUUUUCUUUCGAGGGUGUUGGACGAAACGUGUCCCCUGGAAGUGCUGAGUACACCUUUAUCUUGCUAGUUUGGGCCUGUCCAGUUAACGCCGGGCUAGUCGGGAGGUACACCAAACUGCACAAUGCAUAUGCUCGCGUCAAACGGAUCCGUAAUGGACAACUCGGACUCGGAGUUGGUGAAAAUUAAAGCGCACUACUGCGGGGACAUGUUGAUCACAGACUUGGCAGCCAGGGUAACCUUUGUGGAGUUGUGUGAGGAGGUGAGAACGAUGUGCAGCGUUGCCAAGCAGCAGCCCAUCACACUCAAGUGGAUCGAUGAUGAAGGGGACCCUUGUACUAUCUCGUCUCAGAUGGAGCUGGAGGAGGCAUUUCGUAUUUACAGCCGGACCAAGAGGUCUGGACUGCUGCUGCAUGUCUUCCCCAGUAUCCCGGAGCAGCCUGGCAUGCCCUGCCCUGGAGAGGACAAAUCGAUCUAUCGCCGCGGGGCCAGAAGAUGGAGGAAACUCUACCGAGUCAACGGACACCUCUUCCAGGCCAAGCGCUUUAACAGGAAAGCCUACUGUGGCCACUGUAGUGAAAGGAUAUGGGGGCUGGGCAGGCAGGGCUACAAGUGUAUCAACUGCAAACUGCUGGUCCAUAAGCGCUGUCACAGACUCAUCCCUCAGACCUGCCAAAGGCUUAUGGAUCCAGUCAUGCCAUCACAGGAGCCCCCUUCAGAUGCCAAGAGUGAAGAGAUGGACCUUCCACCAGAUGACACAGAGGACACAGAUGGGAUAGCCUUUUUACCGCACAACUGUACAGUGGAUAAAACAGAAGAUGCAGAUACAGAGGACAUCAAAGCAGUAGUGGAUGGCAUCGAUGGCAUUAAGCUGUCCCAGGGCCUGGCUCUCGGGCUGGGUGACUUUGACCUGAUCCGAGUGAUCGGGCGUGGAAGCUACGCAAAGGUCCUUCUGGUUCGGCUAAAGAAGAACGAGCAGGUGUACGCCAUGAAGGUGGUGAAGAAGGAGCUGGUCCACGAUGAUGAGGAUAUUGACUGGGUGCAGACAGAGAAGCAUGUGUUUGAGCAGGCGUCCACCAAUCCAUUCCUAGUAGGCCUCCACUCCUGUUUCCAGACAGAAAGUCGGUUAUUUCUGGUGAUUGAAUAUGUGAACGGCGGGGACUUGAUGUUUCAUAUGCAACGACAAAGGAAGCUCCCUGAAGAACAUGCAAGAUUUUAUGCUGCUGAAAUCUGUAUCGCUCUGAACUUCCUGCAUGAAAAGGGCAUCAUCUACCGCGACCUGAAGCUGGACAACGUUCUCUUGGACCACGAGGGACACAUCAAGCUCACAGACUACGGCAUGUGCAAGGAGGGGAUCAGACCAGGUGACACCACUAGUACCUUCUGUGGAACACCCAACUACAUUGCACCUGAGAUCCUCAGAGGAGAGGACUACGGCUUCAGUGUGGACUGGUGGGCUCUGGGAGUGCUGAUGUUUGAGAUGAUGGCUGGGAGGUCCCCCUUUGACAUUAUCACCGACAAUCCUGACAUGAACACAGAGGAGUACCUCUUUCAAGUUAUUCUUGAGAAACCCAUUCGCAUACCAAGGUCUCUGUCGGUGAAAGCUGCCAGCGUGCUCAAGGGCUUUCUAAACAAGGAUCCUAAGGAGCGGCUGGGUUGCCAGGUCCAGACGGGCUUCACAGAUAUCAAGUCACACACAUUUUUCCGCAGUAUAGACUGGGACCAGCUGGAGAAGAAAGAAGUGACGCCACCCUUCAAACCUCAAAUCUCUGAUGACUACGGCCUCGAAAACUUUGACACGCAGUUUACUAAUGAACCAGUGCAGCUAACACCAGAUGAUGAGGACGUCAUCAAGAGAAUAGACCAGUCAGAGUUUGAGGGAUUUGAAUACAUCAACCCCCUGCUGCUAUCCACAGAAGAGUCUGUAUGAAGGAGAGACCAGCUUCCUCCUUCGCCCACCUACUGUUUGUCCAAGCUGCCGUCUCAGCCAAAAAACACUCGCAAGCCAACUCUGAAAGGCGAGGAGGAGGAAGAGUAAAGGACAACAGGGAGGACGAACUCCCCCUCUGGACCUGUCAACAAGGCAAAGCAAACAGGAGAAUGGGAGAGUUUCCUUCCUGGACGAUUCAGAUUGAUUUGUUGGGGUACCAAACUCUUCUUUCUUGGUAUCUACAAGGAAAACAAAGACACUGGACUUCAAGAACAUUCCCCGUCGUUACGUUGUCUUCCCCUUUUCUUUUCUUUUUCUCCUUUGGCUUCAUUCCUUCUCCCCUCAGAACGUCCAUCCUUGUGUCAAAGCACGACCGGCUUUGUAAUUUGAACGGAGAGCUGUUUCAUUCUGUGCCUGCCAUCAUGAACACAUUUCAACCCGUCUCACAUCCCUGGAUGAAUAUGACAGUUCUGCUGAAGAACUUGAAAUUUUACGUGCACUUUUUUUUUUUUUCGUUAAUUUCUAUUUUUUUUUUCUAUCUUGUGGGGGGGGGCACCUCACACGAAACAAGAAUGUACAAUGGCAAAGGAAAAAAUAAGUUAUUAUUGUGUAUUAUAAUGUAGGUAGUGAAUCCAAAAUUGACGAUGCCUUUUUAUUGAUGCAAGUGGCACAUUUUCAUCCGUAACCACAAACUUUUCUUUUUGUUAUCUUUUAUGAUUUUCACGAACAAUAGGGGGGGUGCUAACUGGGAGACGACUUUUUAUUUAAUAAGUGCCUCAAAGAUCGUAUUAAUUACCAUGUCUCUGAUUGCACUUAUCUCUUAUUGAACAUUUCUUCACCCAUCAUGGCUUCAGGAGGUACAGACCAACUGAAGCCAUGGCUAGACUCUGCCAGGGUUGGUCCAAACUGUUCAAAUCUUUAGGGGAAUCGAUAUGUUUGGAGCACAGUAGCCUGCUUCAGUCCUGACACAUGACCGAAUCUUCUUAUUUUUAAUGAAUCAAUUCAAAUAAUCAGCGCAGAGCAGAUUAUUUAUGACCGGUCUAUAGAUUCACAAGAGUAGCAUCUAAGCCAACGUCAGAAAUGACUCCAGCUGGUAAGAGACAAAAUGCUGAAGGGUGAAGCUUGAUGUGUAGAUAUUUAAUAGUGAAGAUUGUGUCCUGCUUCCCGAGAGUUUUCCCAAUGCUAAAUUAUCGUUCAGAAAUGUCACAGAUGGGUGUUGUGCAGCAGAUACAGUACUGUAUUUAAAAAGGUGUAUAAAGGCCAUGGUAUACUAAAAGCUGCCAAUCACAGUCUGGCAGCUUUAGAAACACAUUAUAUCAGGACUUCAGCUGAAAAGCAAAGCAGCUCAUUGGCUCCAGCCUCCACAGUGUGUACAGGCUUGCUGGCUGAGCUCAGAUUCUUCCACACCAGCUGCCACUGCGUGACCAUCUGCAGCCGGUCGAAAAUAUCAUGUGACCCGUUGGUUGUGCUGUCUUGUGGAAACGUCUCCAUUUCCAUUUUGGGCUCAUUGUGCGUUCCUGUCUCCACACUAAGGCUGGCUUUACAUGGUGCAGGUACAGCUCAGUGCAACUUAAACUGUUAGAUUGUUCCUCUGCUUAGAAAAGACCAAAUGAAAUGACAAAAAUCAUGUUAAAAUGAUAUUCAAAUGUGUUGGUAAUAUUGUUGUAUUUCAAAGAGGACUAAAAGAAGGUCUUCAGAGAUCCAUCAGAAACGCUCCUUCAGCCUCUGAGUGGGCGGGCCGGUGUGUGACGGACAGCUGAGCCGACCGGGGCGCAGAGAGACCGUGUAAACACAUCUGCACUCGUGACUGUGGUGUGCAAGCAAAGGACAGGCAGCAUUCUGUUAGCAGGCCUGCGGAAUAAUAAGGACCACACCUGUUAGCAUCAAGAGAGCAAAAGAUAUCAAAUACACAAAAAAAGCACAGGACAUGUAAAUCUCAGAGCAGACAUGCAGUUGGACUUUAAGGGCGGGUCAUCAUCUUCAUCAUCAUCAUCACACAGGAAUCCUUCCAAAGUUUCACUUCACUCGUACAUUUAGUUUCAUUAUUUUUGCACAUUGUUACUUAUUUUAAUGCUGGAGGUACUUCAAACUUUUGUUUGUCGAUAUUUUCUUCACUUCAAAUUGAAGUAGACGUUCUACGUAGUGCUCAAACAAUUUACCUGCUUAGUCUAAGAGUUGACCAGCAGACAGUAACUGUAACGUGUGUUGGGCAUUUGUCAUCAUUUUUAGACCUUUUAAGGACUCAACACUUAAUCAGCCAACAGUUUUUGGGUUAUUCAAUGUAGUUAUUGAUUCUGAUAAUUGUGAAUUACAGCCCUCGUUCGGUCACCUUCCAGACAUGUUUCAGACUGUAUGUGACGCAGUUGUAAAUGUGACCCACUCGACUAAAUGACUUAAUUCAACUUAAAGUGUGUUAAGUGGACAGUUUUCACAGUAGGUGUAGAUGAAUAGAAAUCCCAACUAUCCGCAUGGCCGCAUGACAUCAAUUUCAUACCUGUCCGGGUACAGUCCACAGCGUACGACCACGUGAACACGUCUGUGUGUGCAGACACCCAGCGUAGUAUGAACAGAAGCGCGUGUGCGUCUGCUGUCCGUCUUCGGACUGUCUGCCCCCUUACUAUCAGGGAGAGGGCUGGUUAACGUUCAAGUUUUCUUAUUUAACAUCGAUGCGUUGAGCUGUUAGUUUUGCUAAAUGAAACUUGAGUAUUGUAUUAGCAUCGAUAUUGAACUAUCUCAGUUAACACCCAGCCCUGAUGAAGAACUGGGUUUGUGUCACUUGUAACCUGCAGCGGUCAGCACCGCAGUGGCCCAGUGUAAAGCCAGCCCAGCACACGCUGUCAGCUCUCUAACGUCAGCCAUCCAUCGCAGGGUCACAACAUCGUUUUCACUUCCCCAGCCGCUGGUGCAGAGCGUACAAAAACAAUAAGAAGCCAUGAGUUUAUUUGUAUACAGUGAAGUUUUGGGCUGUGUCUAGUUCAUGCAACUUUAACUUCAUGUACUGCCACCUUUAUACAGCAAGCCACAUAUUUGUAACCAAAUUUAGGAGCCUUGUGCUGUUAAAAGGCCGGGAUAAAAUCAAACACACGCACAUCACAUCUGUGAAUAUCAACUACGAGCACGGAUUAAAGCCACUGACUCUGAAAUGAGCUUUGUGUUGAGAGCUCUCUAUUGGCUGAGAUUUAUUUGAUGAAAUCUGACCCGCGCUAAUUUGAUAACCACAUAAAAGGAUUAAUUAGCUGAUCCUGAGUCAAAGGGUCUCAAUUAGCUGUAGGGUCUUUACAGGCAGGGAAGAAACAGAUAGAGAGCAGAGAGAUAAUGAAGCAGUUCCACAGUCACCGAUUAGUACGCCACAAUGAACACACACACACACUCUUCAAGAAGCUAGAAAACACUUCAACAUUGGAGGAAGUUUCCUCCUCCAGCCCCCCAAACUUCAUCUCAUUUGCUGCAUUUUAUCAGUCAUGUCUUGUUGAUCUGUUUGCACACCAGGUGAUACAUUAGUCGCAUUCUUCUGGGACCAAACGAUGAACCGGGAGUCCUUGAAACCGCAGUACAGAGCAGUGAAGGCCAUUCAAACAUCUAAAAGAAAGAAAAUCUUUAUCUAAAAAUGAAUGAAAUUAGUCCAUGAUUUUUUUCUAACAUAAUGCUGGUUGGAUAUGCUUAAUUUUGCUUCACCACAUAUUUGUAAAUAUGUGUAAUUAUUAAAAAUGAUACUGGUUUUCCGUGAA